AUGCACCUCAUAACCCUCCUCACUGGUCUUGUAUCCCUCCUAUCCGUCACCAUCGCCAUCCCAGUGGCGAGCGAGAAUCCAACUCCUACAUCCUCCGUGUCCAAAUCUCUCAUCUCGCCCUCGAGCUCUGCCUCGGCCUCGGCUUCGCCUUCCCCCUCGCCCAAUCCCUACGAGGCUUACACAUGUCCCAAGGGCAAGUACAAGUCCUGCUGCAAGUCUGUGCAGCAGACAGGCAACGACCUCAUCAAGCCGCUGGGCGAGUUGGUGCCAGUCGUCAGUGGGCUGCAGGUUAGCUCGGCUCUAUCAUUCCAGUGCAAGCACAUGGCCGAAAGAGACGCCCCUGAUACCUGCAACGGAAAAGGGUUUUCCCCUAUGUGUUGCAAUAACAAGGUUGAAGAUAGCAGGUUCAACACGUGCAAGCCUUUUGCGGAGGCCAAGAAGAAUUACUAUGCCAGCCAGAUGAAGGAUAAACCUGAGUCGCAGGUCGAUGUGAUCAUGGACGUUCUCACUUGA